AUGUUUAUUCUACUUGUAACCCAAAUAAUGACGUCAGCACAUGCUGGGACUAUUCCAAUUUACAAGGGGCAAAUUGUACUAACAUUGAGCAAGCACAACCAUUUCAUAUUCCCCAAGGGAAACAUAGAGAAGAAUGAGACUGCGUCUGAGGCAGCAGUAAGGGAGACAAUGGAGGAGAGUGGAUGCAUUGGUGAGUUGUUUGGGGAUCCAAUUAAGGUGAAACACGAAGGAUACACGAUAGUCUACUACAAAAUGCAUGUAACAAAGAUACACAAGCAUUUUGAAGAAGAAAAGAGGAGGAAGCUGCUGAUGACCAGGCCACAAGAUGCAGUGGAUAAUAAACAGGUCGCACUCUACGUGAGAAAGAUAAUUCAUGAUGAAUUGGUAGUAGAUAGAUUGCUUGACCAUGAUUAA